AAUUAAGCGAUCUUUCUGAAUUCAGUGGCAUUAAGAGUGAAAACUGUCUGUAAAGGAAAACAUUGCUUUUUCAACCUCUAUAAUAGCAAAGGACACCAACAACAAAUCGAUAGAUAGAUAGAUACAUUGAUCUCUCUGUGCCCUGCUACCACCUAAAGCUCUCCAUUGUGAAGUGUGCGUGAACAUCCCACUGGAACCUGAAGAGGAGUGUGGCUAGGUACAGAAAACACAUCAGUUCUGUGAGGUGUGAUGACGGAAAAGGAAACAGAGCCUUGUGUAUCAACCUAGACCAUAGACCAACUGCCUGUGUGUUGAAGUGGAUUAGUCUUUAAGGAUCAUGAACGUUGCCACCGCGAGCAAAGACUAGCUGAGAAAAGUACAUCGCCUGCCCAGUGAGAGAAGCUGAGUGAGGAAGGAAAAAGAAAGAAACAGAAAGAAGACAACAGGACGAGAGGAACACAGAACCAUGGCGAUCAAUGUGGUUUUUCCUCUUCUCAUUCCCCUGGAGGAGGACAUGUACAAUGCCACACGCCUCCUGACGGGUGACGCUGAAGGGACGCCCCUCGCCUUCACCCAGACCAAGUACUGUGUGGUGGUGCCUGAGGACGCACCACUCUCAGCCUCCCUCGCCACCGUCAGGGCAGUGCACGGGCAGGGGACACCAGUGAGAUACGCGCUGACUGGAGAGAGCACAGGGUUACUUUUCUCCAUUGGUCAGCAGUCCGGCGUCAUCUCCCUUGCCGCCAAGCUGGACUACGAGGACAGGAGGGAGCACGAGAUCGUAGUGGUGGGUGAGGCUGGAGGGUUCGCUGCACACGCCCUGUUGCGAAUUGUGGUGACGGACGUAAAUGACAACCCGCCUGUUUUCCUGCGCCCGUAUCCCAGAGUAACUGUGAUCGAGGAAGAUGAUCGCGACCUCCCGUUGCCUCUAGCGAAGGUGGAGGCACGAGAUGUGGAUGAAGUGGAUGGAGGAGGCCUUGAGUACAGCAUUUCUGGAGAUGGGGUGGACGGGAUAGCCUCCAUCGACGCCUUCUUCAGGGUGCAUCCCACGACGGGGGAGGUGACGCAGCUGAAGGCGCUGGACCGCGACCCUCCCUUCGGCCGAGGGUUGUGGCAGGUGAGAGUGGCGGUGAGGGAUGGUCAAAGGACUCCCUCAGCUGCUUACAUACGUCCCAGGAGGUUCCCACGUGCAGCAGUGAAGCCCUCAGCAUCGCCUAACAGCAGCAUCAACAGCAAAACCGGAUGCACCAAUCGCCGUAUCUUUCCUGCUCGCGAUGAGUCCAGACAUGAAUGUGUUGUCCCCACUGCCACCGCGACAAUUGCGAAUACUGUUACUACCACCAUUAACGCUUCGAAAGGAAGGAAUGCAGGGAUGGCUCAAGGCGGCGGCGGAAACAGAGGGAAGUCUUUGCUGCCAGACCAAGGGGAACAGAACCAUCGAGUUCGCGAACUGAAAGAAGAAAACCGACGGACAGUUGUUACGUGUCAUUUAGAUCAUGACGACGUUAUAGUGACGGGAAGAAGGAGAUGGAGGAAGAAGAGGAGAAGGAGAAGGAAGAAGGUGCUUGUGCGGGACAUAAACAGUGUUGAAAAGAACGAGGAUAAAAAGAAACCACCCGUACUGACAAGAACAGAAGGUGGUGUAAGUGUCAGCACACAAUCGGAACAUACAGCCGGGACACGCGAUAUCGCAGCUCCAACGACGCGUCCCAACAAUUCAGUAACUCAGGCAACGCAGACUAAAGAAGUGGACGCCGCGGAUGUUCUCUCUUGGCCGAGACACACUGCAAAACUCCGCCAUUCGUCCCUCGCAGACCCAGCAGGAUUUUCCCGCAGGGGAAAGACGUUCACUACACAGUUACCCUCAAGUAGAAUAAAGCUGCUUCUCAGGUCAAGAAGGCGUCACCACUGGCUCAGAGGAAAGCGAGAUGUUCCUGGGCAAAGGAUGAGUCAACGACGUGCAAUCCUGGCGCUCUGGGAAGCCUCAGGACAUGUUAAUUUAGCAGCACCAGCAGCGGCCAUGACAAGGAAUCGAAAAGGAGCUGAUGUGGCCCUGCUCUCGAGGCAGCAGUCGAGUAGCUUCCGCCUCCCAGAGGCUGCAGAUCAUAAAGAAUCUUCUGAAAUCGAUUUGAGGCUUCCUUCUUCCUUCCGUCAAAUGUUGUCCCAGAGGAGCGACAAAGACCAGCGCACAGCACGUGUUUUCCCUAUAAAAAGCUCUAAGAUGUCCCGAAAUGUUCAUUCUUCCCUUGGCAAACCCCGCCGGCGUGUUGGUAACGAGGAGGGAAACCUGCAGCCUUUACAACACGACUCAUUGGACUCAGAUAAUGAUGACGAUGACAAUGGUGAUAAUUACGGUUAUGAUAAUGGGGGUCAAGGACACGAGGGAGGAUGCGUUUAUUUUACCUCACCGUAUUCCUCCACACAACAUCUUCCCUCCGGCAUGUCCGGGGAGGGGGGAGGAGGUACGUGGCGGCAGCAUAUGGUGGAGACAGUGUUGACAGUGGUGGUGAAGGACAUCAAUGACAACGCUCCACGCUUCCCCAACACGACAAUCUACGGACAGGUGCAGGAGAACGGGGCUGCCAACUUGUCCGUGGCGUUGGUAGCGGCUUACGAUGCUGACGACGCCUCCGAGGGCACUAACGCCAAACUCACUUACGCUAUUGAGAAAAACGUAAUCGAGGAGCGCUCAGGAGAGGCCAUCUUUGUCGUGCAUCCAGAGACGGGCCUUGUGCGCACCGCCCUCUGUUGCCUCGAUCGAGAAGCAGCGCCCGAGUAUCACAUCCAAGUGGUUGCUGCCGACGGGGGUGGACAGAAAGGCACAUGUACUGUUAUCAUACGCGUGUCUGACAUCGACGACAACCCGCCUCGUCUGGCCAGGAAGCGAUGGGAUCUGACUGUGCAGGAGACGUGGGGCAACUCAGGAUCAGCGAACACAACACUACUGGAGAUUGCCGCCUCGGACAGGGACGCCGCCAGCUACUUUUAUUACAGGGUAUUGGCGGGAAGUGGCCGUGGGUGGCAGCUGUUCACGGUAAGGACGGUGGGAGCAGUGGGGCAGCUUUAUGCCACCAAGCCACUUGACUACGAGGACGAGACACACCGGCAGGGCUUCAAGUUCACGGUGCAAGUGACGGACGGGGGUCCUGGCGCUUGGAAAGACCCGAACCACAUGGACUCUGCCUGGAUCUCAGUAAAACUCCUGGACGUGAAUGACAACCCACCACUCUUCGCCCGCCCGCACGCCCACAUCACGAUCAGGGAGGACGCCCAGCCCGGAACUCUGAUGGCCUCGCUCCCCGCCCACGACCCCGACAUGGGCGGUGUGGAAGGCGUGGACUACCAGAUGAUGGGCGGCUGGGGAGCGCUGCGUGUGGACGAGACUGGGGAUAUUACGCUGUGGAGGGCGCUGGACCGCGAGAUUCCUGGGGGUGCUGCAGGGGAGGCCCUGGUGGUGGCAGUGGACAGAGGCCGCCCUCCCCUCACCGCCACGGCAACUCUCACCCUCACUGUGACGGACGUGAACGACUGCGCACCCACCCUGCUGCCACCCACUGUCUUCCACGUGCCCGAGGACGCCCCACCAACGCUGCUGGGGCUCCUGAAGGCGACAGAUGCUGAUGUUUGGGAACUGGGUCACGGGCCGCCUUUCAGUUUCAGCCUUGCGCCCUCCAACCCCGCCCACAUCCUGUCCUCCAUCGCACUCAAGUUCAAUCCUGAUGUAGACAGCGGACGCGGAGGUGCCGAACUGUGGACCACGGGCGGCUUGGACCGGGAAGCGUGGCCGGAGCUGGAGGUGGGCGUGGAAUUAGGCGACGCUGGGGGAGUGACCGCCACCCACACCCUCACCGUGAUCGUGGACGACACCAACGACCACCCUAUGAAGCCCGCGACCAAGACUGUGUUUCUGUGGAAGACCCGGGGAGGGGGCUCAGAGGCGCCUCUAGGCCGAGUAUACGUGAACGACCCUGACGACUGGGAUGCUGGGGACAAGUCUUACGCGUGGGACGGUCCGCCGCACCCUCUAUUCUCCCUGGACCCGCGCCACGGCACCGUCUUCGCCUCCAGCGUGGUGAGGGAGGGGAGGUAUGAUCUCCACUUUCGCGUGAGUGACAGGACGUGGCGGCAACGUGGAGUGGCUGCCAACGUGACGGUGAUGGUAAGACUUCUCGCCCCCGCUGCCCUGGCACGUGCCGCCCCCAUCUCGUUGUUCCCCACCACGCCGGCACGCCUCGCUCGGGGCUGGACGCCACAGGGAGGCGGUGGGAGGCUUGGUAAACUCCUGGAAGAGGUACUGAAGGUGGUUGGGGGAAGCUCCUCGCACAAGGUUGAGGUGGUUUCACUGUAUGGUGGCACGCUGCCGCACCCUCGACACCAGCAGCCAGAACCCCACCACGAUGACGGCCACCACCACCCAGACACUGAUCGUUACCGCCAUAGCCCGCCAUACUCCACCAGCGCCACUGUUGCCUCAGCUGAUGGAGGUGAAGGAAAGGAAAGCGAAGAAGAGAGUGCCUGGUUGCCCCCGCCUCCUCCGUCAGCCUGUGUGUGGUUGAGUGUGGUGGGUCCAGGAGGAGUAUUCAUGGAUCCAACGAAGCUUCUGGGUCUGCUGGGGCUUCACUUACGACAGCUGGAGGAGGCCACCAAAUUGCGGAUGCAUCUUGGCUCUCUCGAAGAGGUUGGAGAGCGACUGGAUGGUACUCACUCCUCCAGCCUGCGGGACUCUCAACCUGGCGACCCGUCCUCCGCUGCCUCCCUCGCCUCCACCUCUCUCCCUCUCCAGGUCGUGGACACCAACGUCACCUCUCUGGUCACGCCGCGUCUUUCCCGCGCUCCUUCAUGCCGUGCCCAGGAGCCAGAGACAUGCACGCCCUCCUCCUGCUUGAAUGGCGGCCGCUGCCUACCAAGCCCUGCCGGCAACAGAUGUGUGUGCCCGGGGGGAUCCAAGGGAUGGCGCUGCAAGGUGUUGGCGCGUACCUUCCUCGGCUCUGGGUGGGCGUGGGUGCCGCCGCUACCUCGCUGCCUCCCAACCACCAUUUCCAUGCGAGUCCUCACUCGCCACCCGCAAGGCAUCUUGCUCUACGCCGGACCCAUGGCGCCCUCCCAACGACCACACCAUAACGCGCCCACACCCAUGCUCGCGUUACAGAUUAAGAAUGGGCAUCCACAGCUGUUGCUGGAGGGUAGCCUGGAGCCCAUUAAGCUGGAGGUGAACAUAACUUUGCAAGAUGGGGAAUGGCACGACCUCCAUCUGCGCCUCGAUGCCCAGGGCGUGGCUCUCAUGGUGGACCGGUGCGGGCGUGAGUGGAAGAGCGCCGACCGCUCUCGCUGCCUGGCGUUAGCAAAGUGGAGCAGCGCUUGGGUGCUGGAGUCGUGGCCGAGCCUGGGACCUCUGCAGGUGGGUGGGAUGGCCCACUCUCCGCCCACGGCCGAGCAACACGGAUGGUGGGAGGCACCGAUCGCACGCCCACUGCACGGAUGCCUUUCCCACCUCACAUUCAACGGACAGCUGGCGGACCUCGGAGAGCCCGCCUCCAGUGGGGGCAGCGUGCCAGGCUGCCGCCCUCAGGAGGCAGCGUGUCCAGGAGGCGUGGGUGGCUGCGGGUAUCGAGGGGAAUGUGUGGGCGGUCUGAAUCAUCCCGAAUGUGAGUGUGAGCCGGGAUGGACGGGGACCAAAUGUUCUACACCUUCGCCGCCCGCCUUCCUUGGCCGCGGUUCCUACGUGAGGGUGGCUCUUUCCUUUGCACCGCCCACCGCCGUGCCUAGGCUGCAGCUGCGGUUGCGGGUGCCGCAUGCAGCGUCAGGAAUGCUGGUGCGCCUCGCGACGAGGCACCGUGCAGCUGUCUUCACCCUGCACUUGCGAUCUGGUAUCGUCUGUGCCUCCUUAACUGGCGCCGGCGUGCGAGUUCGUGAGGCGUGCGUGGAGGGCCGCGGGGUAGGGGACGGCCUGUGGCAUACUAUCAGUGGGGAACAACAUGGUGACAACUUAGUGGCGAGUGUGGACGACGGCGACGGCUGGCGACGCAACGAAAGUCUGGCGACGCUACCCCUAGGAGAGGCACGGCGGGGACUGAGCGAGGCCAUUAGGGUCACUUCGCCAAAGAUGCUCCUGAUGAACAGACUGGAGGGUGUCACUGUGGGAGGCGUGCCACGUCUGAUUGGAGGGAAGUUGGCGGCAGUCAAUGAAGACCUUACAGGAGCAUGUAUCGCAGACGUGCGCGUGUCUGGUCGCCACCUACCUCUGCCCCCUGCAGCCAACGGCACCAGCUGGGGCCAAGUAACAGCUGCGAGACACGUGAUGCGAGGGUGCGAGGCGCCUGACACCUGUGCCAACACCACCUGUGCUCCUCCGUUCACUUGCACAACUGCUAUCACCUGGGAUCGGUCCAUCUGCAGCUGCGGGACAGGGCGGAGGUUAGUGGGACGUAACUGUGAGGAUGUGGACGAGUGCUUGUGGCAACCGUGUCUUCACGGCGGCACAUGUGUUAAUCAGCGGCCAGGCUACUUGUGUCUUUGCGGCCCAGCUCACGCAGGGGACCACUGUCAGUGGGGCACUCACGUCCCUAAUCCCUCAGCCCUCGCCGCCCCUGCUACACUUGCCGGGAUCGCCGCGACCCUAGUGGUUCUGCUGGUUCUCACCCUCGUCCUCUCCCUUCGUUUACACCGUCGCCGUGGAAGCCUCUGCCAUAGGGAUCGCUCAAGAACGAAAGUGGAGAGUCCAGAAGAGACUCAGAUAGAGGAGAAGGGCAGAGGGCAAACACAUGGAAAUAGUCUUGAGGAAGGAAGAGGGAAAAAAAGGAAAAGCAUUCUCUCUAAGAACACGAACCAACUAACAUUCUUGGGGAAUCUUCGCCGGAAGCUGCCGACAACCACCGCCAAGACACCUCAGUCAAUGCUGCAAGAGAGAGAGGAACAAUCGGUUGGCGGAAAAGUUUCAGGGAGCAGCGGAGACAACACGUCACCAGGCAGCAAGACAGCAGGAAAUCCCACCAGGGACCCGACGCCUGACUUGUCCCGCGAUGACCUGCGGGCCUAUGCCUACGAGGGUGACGGCUCCUCCUCGGGAUCCUUGACCUCAACUAUAUCAGGUCAGUCGAGGGCAGAGCUGAAGCAGGAGAUCAAUGCACGGGGCGGCGUGGAGGCGGAGGGCGGCGGGACCUCCACGCCUCGGCUAGUGCCAGGAUUUCUGGAGGUCGUGGACUUGUUGAGAAACCUGCCCGAAGCACCAGGCAGAUCCUCUCCCCGCCCAAAGUCUCGCAGGAAGCUUCCGGAAGAAGCUACGAUUCCUCCUUCUCCUCCCCCUCCAGCUCCCCCUCCUCCGCCACCUCCUCCUCCACCUGUUCCAUCGCCGUCGAGGACAGCUGAAGCAACACCAGUGCACGAUGAGGGGGCAGAAGCAGCUGUCAACUGCUGACGUAGUGUUGUGACUGUAUGCUGCGGGAAAACUUGCGUCUGUUGUUGUUGCUGCUGCCGUGAAGCUGCCGCCACCUUCAUUGCCGCUGCCGUCGCCGCCGCCGCCGCUGCUGCUGCUGCCGCUGCUUAAACUUCCAACUAUUCUAAGUCUUGGCAUUUUCACUCCCACUUCACUUCUCGUUAUUCUCCACUUCCUUUUUUUCGUGAUUUCUUCUUCUUCUUCUUCUUCUUCUUCUUCUUCUUCUUCUUCUUCUUCUUCUUCUUCUUCUUCUUCUUCUUCUUCUUCUUCUUC